AAAGUUACAAGAAAAUAGGCUUCAAUUCGAUGAGUUUAAACAAUUCAAGUGCCUUUUCUGUUAUACACUGCAAUAUUUUCGAAUUUACAACGAACGCGAGCGAUUGGUGCCCAGUGAAAGUGAAGCUGAAUGCAUUUCCAUAUCCAUGUCCGCGGCAGCCGCACCAACAACAAAACCGAAGCGAAAGAAAAGUGAAAUUUGAGAAAAGCGAAUAGCGCACGGCUAGUCAGUAGCCAGCAAUAUAAUAAUGGAAAAUCUAAAAAUCAGUGAAAAGUUGUUCGAGGAUGUGAUCUACUUUGUGCUGGGCAGCCUAGAGGAUGAGACCGAGAGAUUGCUGAAGAACGGCGGCGCCCAGGCGAAACUUUACCUCUCGGACCAAAUCACGCAUUUGAUAUGCGCCAGCAAUUAUACGGACGAUGAGCUAUCGAUGAAUCUGGAUCUCUACAAUGUGAUACCUGUCAGCGAGCAAUGGAUACUGCACAGCGCCAAACUUGGACGCAAGGCAUCGACGCGUGCCUUCGAUCCAAGCCAGCCGCGUUUAUUGCGCGGCAUACGCGUUGCCAUCACCAAUGUGGUUGCUAGCGAUCGGCGGCGUCUAUAUGCGAUGCUUACGUAUCACGGCGCCGUUGUCACCCACACGCAUGGUGCGACCAAUACGCAUCUGGUAUGCGGCGCCGCCACCGGCAACAUUUACAGUAAAGCGCUGGCGGUGCCCAAGAAUGCAAUGAACAUUGUCACUCCCGAUUGGGUGACCGAUUGUCUCAAAUUCAAGAGCUGCCUGCCCUGUGAACCUUAUCAUCCCCGUCUGCUUAAGCCCAUCGAGAAACAACGCGCCCAAAAGCAACAGCAACAAAAUCUGCAACAACAACAACAACAGCAGCAACAACAACAGCAACUAUUGUUGCAGCAACAACAACAGCAGUUGGCACAACAGCAGCAGCAACAACAACAGCAACAUUUGGUACAACAAUUACCACUACAACAACAGCAGCAACAACAACAACAACCGGUUUCUACUCAGCUAUCUGAUAUCCUAGGCUUCGGGGACGACAGCGCUGCGAAGAGCAUUGCCAGCAUCAAAUCCCAGCUGCAGGCAUCGGCAGAGCGUGCUGCUGCCGAACAGCAACAGCAACAUCAACAGUUGCAGCAACAACAACAGCAGCAACAAUUGCCGCAGCCAGCGCAACAACAAGUGGUCUUUGUGCGGCCACGUAACAUGCAACAGCAGCAACAAUUGCAACAGCAACUGCAGCAGGGUGCACCACAGGCACCACCACCACCGCCGCCGCCUGCCCAGCAGCAGCAGCAACAAAUUAUUAUACAGCAGCAGAAGAUCAUACCAGCCAACCUACAGCAGCAACAACAACAGAUCAAAAACAUUUUGCAGCAGCAGCGUCAGAUGAAAAACACACAACAGCAGCAACAACAACAAAUUCAGCUUAUGCACCAACAAGAUCAGCAACAGCAGCAACUAUUGUUGCAGCAACAGCAGCAGCCGCGUCUGCCAACCACGCCCACCAUGCCGCAGGCGCCGAUGGCAACUGGUCGACAAACGCCGCGCAUGCCACAGCCGGCAACAACACCACAGCCCGUACAAUCACCGCAGCAACAGUUGCCACAGCAGCAGCAACAAGUGCAGCAGCAGGUUGCCCAACAAGUGCCGCAGCAGCAACAGUCGGUUCCAGUGCCGCCGCAAAUUCUGCAUCAGCAUUUGAUGAGCAAGCAGCAGAUGUUGCAGCAGCAGCAAAUGCAACUGCAUCAGCAAAUACAGAACGGUCAGAGUCUGACGCCUCAGCAACAGGCGCAGCAACGCCAGAUACAGCAGCAGCAACAGCAAUUACUGCAGCAGCAACAACAGCUCCAAAUGCAAAUGCAACAGAUGCAGCAACAGCAGCAGCAACAACAGCAACCGCAGCAGCAAUCACCCCGAAUGGUUCAAAAUCGUUCGCCAGUAAUGCCACCUGGGACGCCAUCGCCUUCGCUGCAGCAGCAACAGCAUGUGGCUGCCAGCAAUAUGUUGCCGCCACAGUCACCGCGACAAUUGCAAUCGCCAGCACCACAAAUGACGCCACCACCGCCGCCCUCGCCACAGAGUGCACAACAACAUUUGCGACAACAGCAGCAGCAGCAGUUGCAACAGAGUCGCCAGCAACAACAGCAGCAGCAUAUGAUGGGCUCUCCCCAGCAACAGCCACCACCGCCCGCCAUGAUGUCUCCCCAACAGCAACCCUUCCAGCAGCCGGUGCAUCAGCAACAGCGCAUGCAGCUGCAACAGCAACAACAGCAACUUGCCCAGCAACAGCAGCAGCAACAACAAAGUCCUCAGCAUAUUUCAGCGCCACAAUCUCCGCAGAUAUCACAAACGCCGCCGAUGCAAACCAAGCCACAGCAGCAGCCACCAGCACAGCUACUGCAGCAGCAACAGCAGCAACAACAACAGCAGCAGCAACAAUCCUUUGUGCAGCCCAUAGAUCCAACGGAUCCAGUUCAAGUGGCUCAAGUACUCAGUCGCUCCACGUUAAGCAGCAAUCAGGAUUCGCUGAUAAUGCGCCAACAGCAGCUAAAGCAACAACAACUGCAACAACAACAGCAGCAGCAACAACAACAACAGCAGCAACAACAGCAGCAGCAGCAACAACAAAUGCCACCACAACAACACACACCAUCACCGCGACAAUCACCUUUGCAUCAGCAGCAACCUCCACAACAACAACAACAAGCAACACCAGAAAGGGCCCUUCAGCAACAACAGCAACCACAGCAGCAACAGUCACCACAAAUACUGCAACAGCUUGGACCUGGGCAACAACAACAGCAGCAGCAACAGGUAAUAACGCAGCGACAUGUGAUAAACACAUCGACGGCGCAAGGACAGCAGAUAAUACAGAGUCAUAUGAUGAGCAUACAGCAGCAGCAGCAACAGCAAAAACAGCAGCAAAUGUUGCAGUUGCAACAACAGCAACAGCAGAUGUUACCUCAGCAGCAGCCGCAACAACAGCAACAGCAACUACAACCACAGCAACAACAACAGCAGCUGCCACUGCAGCAGCAGCAGCAACAACAACCAGUACAAUUUACGCAGCAGGUGCGCAUUAUACAGCAAACCAUACAGCAACCGCCACAGCAACAACAGUUGCUGGGACAACAAUUUGCACAGCAACAACAACCACCACAACAACAACAACAGCCACCGCAGCAGCAGCAAGUAUUGACUCAACAGCCGCAGCAACAUACAAUGCAACAACAACAACAGCAACAACCACCACCAGCCAUGCAGACCAAAAAGUUCAUCAUAAGUCAGCAGCAAUUCAGUCAGCUCAGCGUGCAGCAGCAGCAACAGAUUCUGGCUCAGAAUCAGCAGAACCAAAAUGUGUUCAUUGUGAACUCCACAAACCUGUCACAGCAGCAGCAACAACAACAGCAGCAGCUUGUGCAACAGCGUCAACUAUUGCAACAGCAGCAGCAGCAACAACAGCUGCCACCAAAUCAGAUGAUGUUACAGCAGCAGCAAUCACAACAGCAGCAGCAGGCACCUGUACAAAUGCAACAGCAACUGCUCACACAGCAGCAGCAGCAGCAGCAACAACAGCGAUUGCAGAUGCAGCAGCAGCAACCACCACAACAGCAGCAACAAAUACUGAUAAAUCAACAAGUCAUCAGUGAUCCACAGCGUUUGCAAUACUUGCAGCAGCAGCAAUUGCUGCAGCAGAAGCAACAGCAGCAGCAACAACAGCAACAGCUUGUUGGUCCGCCACAGCAACAGCAGCAGAUACUCAUACAACAGCAACAGCCAGGUACGCAGCAGCAGCAACAGCAGCAAGCGCCUCAGCAAAUCAUGCAACAGGUGCUAAUAAAGCAACAGCAAGUGACACAGCGCACACCGCCGCCACAGUCGCCACAGCAACAGCAGCAACAGUUGAUGCUGCAGCAACAGUCGCCACAGCAUCAUACACAGCUGCAACAACAACAACAGCAGCAGCAGCAGGCGGCGCAUUGGUCACCCCAAAGUCCCGUGACCAAUCAACAACAAAUGCCGCCAACAACGCCCGGCACGCCCACCUCCACCAGCAUGGGCAUGCCAUCGCCGUUGCCGGGCACGCCGACAACACCACAGCAGCAACAGCAACAGGCACCACAAUUUUUGCCGCGCGGAAUGCGGCCACAAACACCUUGGCCGGCACAACAGCAGCCGCCGCCAACACAACAGCAGCAGCAACAACCACAGCAGCAGCAGCAACAACAACAACAACUUGUGCUGCCGCCACCGCAGCAACAACAGCAGCAGCAACAGCGUCAAGUCAUUCAGCUGGAUGAGAAGACGCAUGCGCAUUUCAUGUCGCUGGACGCGCACAAGCGGGCCGAGUACAUAACGAAGCUCAACCAGAACAAGCCACGUGUCAUGCUGCGCCAGCAGGUUGCCUAUCAGCCGCGGCCCGGCGCACCAGGCAGCGUGGUGUCUGCCACACGUGCGCCCGGUCCCGUGCCACAUGCCACAUCGCACAUCAUUGUUCAGAGCCAAAUGCCGGGUGGACUAACGCAACAGGAGCAAAUGCUCUGGCUGCAGCAGCAGGGCACACGUCAGGUGGUGGUGCGUGCGAGUGGUGCACCCGGUCUCAGUCCGAUUACACAACAACAACAACAACAGCAGCAGCAACAACAACCUGGCGCUGCACCGCAACAACUACCUCAGCAGCAGCAGCAACCAGUUGGUCAACCGUUUAAUCCGAAUGAUCCCAGUCAGCAAAUGUUGAUGCAGCGUCAACAGUUGCGUGUGCAACAAAUACCCAUGCAACAGGCGCCGGCGCCACAGCAACUGGGCAAACAGACGGUGCAGCUAAUCACCGGUCCGAAUGGUCAACUCAUCGAGCAGCAGACGAUUGUGCAGCCGCAAUCCACACCGGGCACGCCCACCACGCCGGGCACGGGUCCAACAGGUGGCAACAUUAUGACGCAAACGUUAGUCAUGUCCGCAGCGGCAGCAACCGAUGGACAGCAGCAGCAACAACAGCAGACGCCGCAGCAGAUGAACCUGAAGACAAAAACAGCGUUGGCCAACAUGCUGAGCAAUCGACUGGGCAACAAUGGGGCACAAGCGACGCCGCAACAACAACAGCAACAAGUGAUAUCCAUGAACGAUGUACAGCAACAACAACAGCAGCAACAGCAAAUUGUGCAACAAGUUGUUGUUAGCGGUGCUCCACAACAGCAGCAGCAGCAGCAACAACAGCUGCUACUCCAACAGCAGCAGCAGCAACAACAGCAGCAGUUGGUUGCCGCACAGCAGCAACAGUUGCCGUCGGUGCCGCAGCAACACGUGGAGCCACCAUCCGCUGCUGGCGCACUACGCAUGAUGGGUCAGCAACACAAUGCUGCUGUCGGUGUGCCUGGUCCGCCACGCACACAACAGGAGCUGAUGCUGCUGCAGCAGCAACAACAACAGCAACAACAAUUGCUGCAGCAGCAGGCGCAGCAAAUGCGACGUGUUGUCGGCGUGCCACAGCAGCAAAUACCGCAACAACAUUUGGUGCAGCAGCAAAUUGUGGUGGCACCGCCGCCCAACAUGCAACAGCAGCAGCAACAGUUGCCAGUGGGCGUGCCCGUGCAAGUGGGGGGACCACCACAUGUCUAUAUGCAAGUGCGUCCCGGCCAGCCACCGAUACCGAUGCCGCCACGUCCCCAGUUCUAUGGACACAAUCCGAAUUUGAAGUUGCCAGCAGAUCUGUUCCUGGUCGGUUGCACCUUUUUCAUUGUGGAAUACGAUGAGACGGACAGCGAUGAGCUUCCCAUUUGGCUGGACACAAUCCGUCAGUUUGGUGGCGACAUCGAGCGUGUCUACUGCGCCCGCGUCACGCACGUCAUCUGCCGCACCCAGCGGCACGGCAUGGUGAUGCAAGCGCUGCGCGAUGCCAAGCGUUGUGUGACCGCCUAUUGGUUAAGUGAUAUCUGCUUGAAGCGACAACUGAUGCCACCGUGGCAACCACUCCACUUGCCCUUCCCCAGCCAGUUUGGCUAUCGUAAACCGCUGGAACGUUACAUAAUCACCUCGGAGGGAUUUGAGGGUGAGGAAGUUGUGCGCUUGCAACAAAUGGCCGAGGAAUGUGGCGCCAUUUAUACCUCGUAUCUGUCGAAAGUGAAUACGUUGGUCGUCUGCAAACAGUUGGAGGGCAACAAGUUCAAUGCGGCCAAGGAGUGGAGUAUACCCAUGGUGAAUGCCCUGUGGCUCAGUGAUGUCUGCAUCGGCAAUCUGAGCGGACUCACCCACUACGAGAAUCCGAAAUAUCAACAGUACCCAGUACCAACACCAUUCCGCAUCGAAUGCAAUUUGGUGCAGCAUUUGCUUGCUGCUUGGAAGGCGCCCAUUAAUCUAACCCAGGAUGCGCACGAACGUGUAAAGCGUCAUCUCUCAGAUCCGUAUGCGCACGAGCAGAAGCUCAAGCGACAGAAACUAAUCUACCAGGAGCAUCUGCCGGAACCGAUUGUCUGCAUUGAGUAUCCGCAAACGACAAAACCGCCCAAGGUCAUCUUCUCGCAGGUCGCCGAUGCCGAGGCGCUCAAAAAGGCCGUCGAACGCCUGGGCGGCAUUGUUGUUGAUAGUCCCGUGGAUGCGACGCAUUUGGUCAUGACGCGCGAGAGUCGCACCUGCAAACUGAUCCAGGCCUGCUGCCACGUGGACUAUGUGCUCAAGUCCAGCUGGCUGGUGGAUAGCGCCAAAGCGGGCAAAUUUAUGCCGCCCGAUCAUUAUCGCAUCCAGCACAUACCCGUCGACGAGAAUCUGCAAUUCGAUCUGGAUGCAGUGCUUUGUGCCCCAACGCGUGCCACACUCUUCGCCGGCCGAUGUUUCUAUGUGACGCCCGAUGUGUUUCCCGCACGCGAUGAAAUCGUACGCAUGAUUGAAUCCUCCGGCGGCAAGGUGGAGCUGAAGCGUCGCAGUGGUGCUGCCAUUGCUGACGCACAUCUGCAGGCACCGGACUCGUACAUCAUUGUUACCUGCCCCACGGAUAUGCAUCUGUGCGCGGAUCUAACGCGCCACGGCAAUCCCAAGUGCCAUAUUGUCUCCACGGAGUUUGUGAUGAGCUCGAUUCUGCGGCAACAGCUCGAAAUCGAACCAAAUCUGAUACAUUAUCUGUACAACAACAAUAACAUUUCCAAUAGCAGCAGCAGCAACAGCAACAUUAACAACAGCAGUAACAACAACAACAACACCAAUAGUAACUGCAACAAAUCCUAGCGACAAGCUCUGUUUUUCUUUCUGCUGUUGAAAGCUUGACACUGAGCUCAAGUCAAUUUUGAUUGAUCGAUUGAUUGAUUGAUUGAUUGAAUUGUUUGUUAUACUUAAAUCUAGAUUACUAGAUUAUGCUAGCAGCCCAAGAUAUUUUCAUCGAAUCUAGUCCACACAUUGAAUUUGUUGAAAAUUGGGCAUUAAUAACCAAGUUGUUCGAGGUCGAUAUACACACAUAUAUAUUAUAGAUAGGAUAAAACAGAUCAGCUUCAAGUCAUAGAACCGAUCUAUGUAGCUAGUAACAUUCUAUAUAUAAAACUAGUUUGUAAGCACAAAAGUACACUUUUGAUAUAUGAAUAUAUAUAAAUUUAUAUAUAUAGGUUAGGUUAUAUCGGCUGUCAGCCCGAUGGGCUGACACACUUAGGCCAUAUUUGGCCCGUUGUGAUACCGAAUGGGAUCCAGGGAUUUUCUCCUGCAAUCGUGCCUCCAAAGCAUUCCAACGAGUCAAACAUUUGCCCAGCCAGAUGCGUUAAUGAAUUUCGCUAUCUUGUGCGGUCUCAUAUGUCGGAGCUCCGAUAAACCAGUUAGGAGUAGUAGUUUCCCAGGAUUGCCAGCCUUUUCCUGACAAGUGCUGGGCAGAGGCAGAAGAAGUGUUCCGGGGAUUCCACCUCCUUCCUCCUCUUUGCAACUUCUGCAAACGUCUGUUGGCAUGAAUGCCGACCAUCCAGUGCCCCGUUAGAGCGCGGAUCACUGCAGAACAGUUUGUCUGACUUAGACUGCACAGCUCUUUGCUGCGCUUAGAGUUGAUGAUUGGCCAUGUCUGGUGUGCUAUGCUGGCACAGGUGGCAUUUUGCCAUUUUCUGCAUGACCUACGCCUGUACUCCUCCUUGAUAUUGAGCUUACAGGUAGCUAGAGGCAUACUUAUACCUUCCUUGUCCAGUUAUGGCUGCCGGAGUGACGUUGUCAGAGGCGCCCUCAAUGUCGAGGAACGCUAUUAGGGUGUACUCCUUAUGGAGUAAAGAUUUCUCUAUAAUAGAGACCACAGAGUGAAGGGCAGUAUCUGUGGAUCUGCCCUUCCUGUAGGCAUGUUGGGACUCCGUCAUAAGCCUGGGGUCAAUGGAUGAAGAUUUCAUGUAGCCAGUUUAUGGCUGUAUUGCCCGCCUUGUGUAGUUGGACUGGGCUUAUCUGAUUUGGGCCUGGGGAUUUGAACGGUGUGAAGCUGCCCACUUUAUGUUACCUUUGUGUAUAAGAGACUUUAAAGGAUGUCCAGUGACUCUUCACUGGAGACCGUCCAUGAGUUGUCAUCCUUUUUCAGAUAACCUAGUGUGGGUGUGGUUUUUGAUAAAACUUUUCUAAGCCUUGCAGCUUCAGUAGUUGAAUCAAUACCUGUGCAAAAAUCUCCAAGAUUUCCUUUUUUCCCGUCUGGUGCAGGUGCGUUUUUUACCUUCAUUUCCAGCUACUAAAAGCUUAUAAUCUUUAUUACCUAGUCCGCAUACCUUUCCUCCAAUCACCCAAGGUUCUUGGACUAGUAUUAUGUCGUCUCCGCCUCUAGCUAAGCGAAGCAUUAGAGCAGCGGAUGGUGCUUUACUGUGGUGAAGGUUAAUCUGCCGUAGUCUCAAGGACAUCCAAGGAUUCCACCCUCACCACCGUGUUGUUGCUGUCGUGUUACCCUGGUACCAGCCGGCAUCGCUACAUACCGGUGGUGGCCCAGGCACCUUGUUCAGCAUUUUCAAGCAGUGGACAGCGAGGACUCCUUCCACCCACUUCCUCUGAUUCCUCGGUAUUCUGCCGUUCUUAUUGCCCUUGUCAAGGAUCCCUAUCAGGAUUUCUGGCAGGUUGGCUGCACAAGUGCUUUGUCUUCCUACCACGGAGUUGGAUGGAUCGGGAUCUUACCAGUUGCACCCUCACCACUGCACCGCACAAACAGGCUUUUCCGCCACUUUUGUCGUGUUGCCGCUUUGGCCAGGCUUACGAGCCACUGCCUCCGCUACAUGUCUGGGGUUGCUCCCUGCCGGUUUUGUGAGAGUACCGGGCUCCUUAUGAUUUUUUUUAAUAGAAUUGGAAUGCAUUGUGAUUACCACGAGUUGCGGAGAAAGGAAUGAUUAAUAUCGGAGGUCGCCAGGUAUCCGAUAUGCUCCGUAGAAGACUGGGCUAUUUCUGGGCCCCCAGCCUGGCUGACUAUCGGCACGGGUCGCAUUACACCUUAGUUCGGCCCAUUACCUCGAACCAUGACUCGGUCCUUUCCCAGGGACAAGAAACAGUUCAUGUCCGAGGUUCAGGGCACGAGUCUUAGAUAGCAUCGGUACCUUGCAGGACUACUGUAAUGCUAUUACCAGUCGGCACCCUCGUGGAGGGUUCAGUUGAGGAAUUUUUGCCAACCUCUAUAUAUAUUAUAUAUAUUUUUGUAAGUUGAUGUCGAUUUAAGUGCAUAUAGUUAACUUAAGAGUAUACGAAUCGUUUCACAGAAAUUGCAAUCGGCUGGCUAUUAGAAUUUUAAGCACCCUUUUGAAUUGGAUAUAGUCAAUAUUGUCCAAAAUCAAACAACCCCAAAAAGAAAUUUUAGUUAGGCACACUAUGAAAAAAACAAAUAAAGCUUAUGUUAAAUAUAUAAAAACAGUGAAA